UUAAAAAUUUCAAUGUACAAACAGCAUUGUGUUUGAAUGAGCUACUAGCAUCAUUUUUGGGAUUAUUGAAUUCUCCAAUACCACAAAUGUUAUCUUAAGCCUACAAGUUCUUCAACGUUUCAUUAUAUUUAAUGCUGAUUGAUUGCAUUUUCUGAACUGAUUUGAGUUUUCGUGGAUACCUAUAUUUUAGUUUAUAAAUAUUCGUUAAUAAUGAGUAUAUUUUAUUCCUUGUACUUAUAUGAUAAACUUUUGGCUUUGUAUUGUCCAAGGCAAAGAUUAAGAGCCCUGAAAACUACAACAUGAAGAUUGUGACAUGAAAUUCCCGUACCAUGAUCUGUGUUCAGCAGUUCAGGCAGUGAAAGCACUGUCACUGAUGGUGCUUCAGCCCAUUUGUGAGCACUGUGGACCGGUGGUUCGGCAUGGGAAGCUUACCUGAGAGACCGAAGAUCAAAAACUUUGUUAUUGUUUAUGAUUCACCCCCAUAUUAAAGAAUCUAAGUCUAGUGGACUUCACAUCCGCAGUGGGUUGGUUACACAAGUUGAGAUCUCAACUUCUAUAGCUGUCAGCUUCCCCAUCUUCAUUCAUCCUUCCAGAACCAUUUUUUCUUUAUUUUGGCCUCUAUUUGGUUUUUCAGAUUAUGACAUUCAAAACCCACCUUCUUUUCUCUAAUUCUUCUACAUUUGUUCCUCCCUCGUGUGACCCACUGGGGCAGCUUUCAGUUCUUCCUUAAUAUCCCCUUUAUGAACACAUACACCUGAAACGUCGACACCACUAAAAAUGUGGAAAAAAAAAACAUAAUUACAUUUGUCGGUGUCGGACCUGGACACACCUUCGAUCGGAAGUUUCGGUGCUACACAGCCUGUGAUAACUUGGGGACAAUCUUUAGACUUCGAUUUUUGUACUUUAUAUAACUGUUGUGUCUUGUCUGCUACAUGUCGAUGAAGUUCUUCCUACAAUGUAUUUAAUGCCAGCUUUGUUUCCUUCUUUGUUCUUGCUUCCCCUUUAACAGCCUCUCCUUCAUCACCGAGGUUCUAUUUUUUGAUUCUCAGACAUUCAGUUGAGAGUUUCCUUCACAAGACUCGACUAAGUUGCACUUGGACUGAGCCAAACCCAAAACGAGUACACUGAGUGAGAGUACAACCUCUUAGUAGCUUCACAGUUUUCUCUUCUUUACCUGUUCUUCCUAAAUGUUGCUUCUUGAGUUCUCCUCUGAAACUUUCAAGCUACUUAUAUUCUCCAAGAAUGUCAGUAAUGGCAUCCUUCAUUCUUGUUGACUCUAACAAACUUCUGAAUUUGUUGGUACACAUGACUCAUCGAUCCAAGAUCGGAGCUUCGAUACCAAUUGAUAGGAAUUGGUAUGUUAUUAAAAAUAAUUAGGGAUCAACUCCUCAAUUAGAAAUAUAUUGCACAACUUCUAAGGUCUGCAUAUUUCAUGCCAAACUCAACUCUCUUUCAAAUGGCAAGAUAGCUUCUCUCUUCUCCCUUUCCUUUUGUAGUUUUGUUUAUAUGCAUCACACUAACCCUCCGAUCUGCUAAAGCUAAUUAACCAACUAAAGGGAUUACUUGUUAAAAUAAUUAUGCGUUGAUUUAUUGAGAGGGUGCAUGUUGUUGUGCUUGGAACCAAGCUAGCAUUCUCCUUGGUGAAUUGCAAUCUUAGUUGAACUGUGUGUUAUGUUUCUAGCCAUCACCCUCAUAUUUGAAAUGACAUCAUAUUCAAAUACUUUAUCUUUUUCUGAAUAAAACAUUCCAAUCUUUGACACUGGAAAUUUUGCUGGUUGAAUUGUUGAAAUCUUAUAUUAUAGCAGAAACAAAGUAAACAUGGUUUAUUUGAUUCUCUUGUUUCUGUUGGUGUAGGAAACUUUUUGUUGAAUAGUCUUGUGCGGCACCUUGUACCAAUUUUUAUUUCCUAGUAUUUCUUUAUGCUUGAAUCUGUAAUUUAAUGGUCCGCAGGGAAGCAUUUAUUGAUUAUUGGAUUAAUGGCAACAUGUUGACAAUGGAUUUAGCUACUCAAAUAUUCAUAAUUUUAAAGCAACCACAGCUGAAUUACCUAACUCAGGAUGAUUUUAAACCUGUCCUGCGCGAACUUUUAGCAAGUCAUCCAGGCCUGGAGUUCCUUCAGAGCACACCUGAGUUUCAAGAAAGAUAUGCUGAAACUGUGGUAUACAGAAUCUAUUAUUACAUUAAUAAAACUGGAAAUGGUCGUAUGACUCUGAGGGAGCUUAGGCGUGGAAACAUAAUUGAUGCAAUGCAACAUGCUGAUGAAGAGGAAGACAUCAACAAGGUUUUGAGGUACUUCUCUUAUGAGCAUUUUUAUGUUAUAUACUGCAAGUUUUGGGAGCUGGACACAGAUCAUGAUUUCUUGAUAGACAAAGAGAAUCUGAUCAGAUAUGGUAACCAUGCACUUACCUAUCGAAUUGUUGACAGAAUAUUUUCUCAGGUGCCAAGAAAGUUUACCAGUAAGGUUGAGGGAAAGAUGGGAUAUGAAGACUUUGUUUACUUCAUACUGUCAGAGGAGGACAAAUCAUCUGAACCAAGUCUUGAGUAUUGGUUCAAGUGCAUAGAUUUGGAUGGAAACGGGGUUCUGACUAGGAAUGAACUGCAAUUUUUUUAUGAGGAACAAUUGCAUCGGAUGGAGUGCAUGGCCCAAGAGCCUGUACUAUUUGAGGAUAUAUUAUGUCAAAUAAUUGACAUGAUUGGAUCUGAGGAGGAGAGCUAUGUAACUCUGCGUGACCUGAAAGGAAGUAAACUUUCAGGAAGUGUUUUCAACAUCCUGUUCAAUCUCAACAAGUUCAUGGCCUUUGAAACUCGCGACCCAUUUUUGAUUCGUCAGGAACGUGAGAAUCCAACAUUGACCGAAUGGGAUCGAUUUGCUCAUAGAGAAUAUAUUAGGCUUUCAAUGGAAGAAGACGUAGAAGAUGUCUCUAAUGGAAGUGCAGAAGUUUGGGAUGAGUCACUAGAGGCUCCCUUUUGAAAUAAUUUAUGGAUGAAAAAAGAUUAGUGCCCCUAAAUCAAUGAACUGGCCUUUGUUCAGAUACUGGACACAGGAUCAGCUUUUGAGCUGGAUCAUAUCAGCUUUGCUUCUAAUAGUGAGAAAUUUCAAGCUUCAUUAUGGAAUGUGUUUUUGAUGAGCAGACUCCAAGAAUAUUCAGAUUUGCUGGUAGUGACAUAAAUUUAUCACGGAAGUUUUGUUGCCUUGUACCAAUAUCCAUGCAAAGUGAGGAGGUAUGCUGAGAAGUGAUUUGGAAGAAUGAAUUAUAAACACCAUUAAAAAUAUGUUAUUAUUUAGGGACAUCUAAGUUGUUAAGGAACUUAAUAAAUAGCAUGAUUUCUCACGUUUUGAUCUUUUA